AUGGGCUCCCGUAGCUCCCACGCCGCCAGGAUCCCCGACGUGGACAGCAUCCGGCGGGAGACCGGCUUCUCGCAGGCCAGUCUUCUCCGCCUCUACCACCGGUUCCGCGCGCUGGAUAGGACCGGCAAGGGCUACCUGAGCCGCAUGGAUCUGCAGCAGAUCGAGGCGCUGGCCGUGAACCCCCUGGGAGACCGCAUUAUAGACAGCUUCUUCCCAGACGGGAGUCUGCGACUGGACUUCCCAGGCUUCGUCAGAGUUCUGGCUCAUUUUCGACCUGUGGAUGAAGAGGAGGACGGAAACCGGGACCCCAAGGAACCCGAGCCCCUCAACAGCAGAAUGAACAAACUUCGCUUUGCCUUUCAGCUCUACGACUUAGAUCGAGAUGGAAAGAUCUCCAGGCAUGAAAUGCUGCAGGUCCUCCGGCUGAUGGUUGGGGUACAGGUGACAGAAGAGCAGUUGGAGAGCAUCGCCGACCGCACGGUGCAGGAAGCUGAUGAAGAUGGGGAUGGGGCUGUGUCCUUCCUGGAGUUCACCAAGUCCUUAGAAAAGAUGAACAUCGAACAGAAAAUGAGCAUCCGGAUUCUGAAGUGA